AUGAUGGGUGAGUUUCACUUUCAUAGUGUAUUUGACAAAGAGGGUGAUGCACAAGUGGGCGUGUAUGCUGAGCCUCAGGGUGCAAGUUUUAGGGUACACAGGCGCUCUAACAGUGCUUCUGCUGACAGGAACCUGAAGUUCUCUAGUGGUGUAGUUUUGCAUCCUACGGAGAAAGACCAGGAUGAAUCUCUUGUUUCACCCCCUUCAGUGAGGGCUUCUAGAUUACCAAGUCCGUUACAUGAUAAGCUCACCUGUAACAAGAAAACUUUUUCAAAUCAUAGAUCAUCGUUGGAAAAAGAUGUUGAGCAGCUACAGCUACGCCUACAGCAGGAAAAAUCUAUGCGUACUCUGCUUGAGAAAGCAAUGGGCCGUGCCUCAAGUACUUUAUCACCUGGACACAGGCACUUCGCUGCUCAGACAAAGGAUUUAAUUGCUGAAAUUGAGUUACUUGAAGAAGAAGUUACAAGCCGUGAGCAGCACGUGCUUACCAUGUACAGAAGUAUUUUUGAACAUUGUGUUAGCCGGCCACCUUCUGAACAAAAUUCUGGGGUGGCUUCACCUGCUCACGCAAAGCAUGAAUCUAGGAAGCAUCCAAGUAUAAUUUCAAGUGCCUUCUGUUCAUCAAAAAAGUUUCCCUUGAGACCAUUGCAAGCUCUGAUUUCUAAUAAUGACUUGAAGAAUAAAAUCUUUGGGUCAAGUUAUGCUCCUUUAUCAUGUGGCAAGGGUAAAGUUUAUUUUGGAAAGACUUGUCCUGAUUACACUAAGGGUCAUGAGAGGUUUACCAAAAUGGAGAAAGCUCCAGUAUUGCGAACUUUAAAAGAUCAUCUAAACCAGUGCCCGAACAGGCUCUCUGAGGAGAUGGUAAAGUGUAUGGCAACUGUAUAUUGUUGGCUCCGUAGUGCAACCUCUGUAAAUACUGAAAAAAGUAGGUCAUCCACUCAUGCUGUACGGCCAAGACAUGGUGUUGUUGGAGAGGAUCGUGACUGUUAUUGCAAAUCAAUAGUGGAAAUAUCUUGGAUUGCUACUCGUAAACGUCAUUCUUCACAUGCUUCUUAUGCCAUUGACAACUACAGAGUACUAGUUGAACAACUUGAAAGGGUGAAUAUCAGUCAAAUGGAACGUGAUGAACAGAUUGCGUUCUGGAUCAAUGUCCAUAAUGCUCUUGUGAUGCAUGCAUAUUUAGCAUAUGGAAUUCCCCAGGGCUCUCUGAAAAGGCUGGCCUUGUUUCACAAGGCAGCUUACAAUAUUGGUGGUCAUAUCAUAAGUGCAAACUCCAUAGAACAAGUGAUUUUUGGCUUCCGAACACCCCGCAUUGGACGGUGGCUUGAAAGCUUUGUGUCUGCAGCCCUGAGGAAGAAAAAUGGUGAAGAAAAGCAGCUUAUCAGUUCAAAAUUGUAUAUUAAUGAUUUCCAACCCCUUGUUUGCUUUGCUCUUUGCACUGGGGCAUUGUCAGAUCCUGUGCUAAAAGUCUACACUGCAUCAAACAUAAGAGAACAGCUGAAUAUUGCCAAGAGAGAGUUUCUUCAAGCGAAUGUAGUUGUGAAGAAGUCAAGCAAAGUUUUUCUCCCUAAAUUGGUGGAUAGAUUUUCUAGAGAAGCAUCAAUCGGUUCAGAUGAUCUCCUUGGAUGGUUAAUGGGAAGUGUUGACAAGAAACUGCAUGAUUCAAUACAGAAGUGUCUUGAUCGUAAAUCCAACAAAAAGUCAUCUCAGAUCAUAGAAUGGAUGCCUUACAGUUCUCGGUUCAGGUACAUGUUGUCCAAGGAUCUAAUAGACAAGCCAUGGUGGGUAUAA